CUUAUAAUCCAGUCAGCAAUGACCUAACUUCCCAUUAAAAAAAUCUCAAGUUUCACAAAGGGCAAAACGGGUAAGAAAUAAGAUCAACUUGGCAUAAAAUAUACAAACAAAAAAGAAAAAAAUAACUAAAACCCCCAACCCCCAAGUUCCCAAGGAUGUUUGUUUAUUAUAAAUAUUGUUAAAACGAGAAGAUGAAAUGAAUGUAUAACAAUGGCUCCUGAAACCGGCAAUAAUCUGAAGAUAGUGAUGUUCCCAUGGCUAGCCAUGGGCCAUUUAAUCCCUUACUUAGAGUUUGCUAAGCUCAUCGCCAAACAGGGCCACCAUGUCUUCUUCGUUUCCACUCCUCGAAACAUCCAAAGGCUCCCCAAAAUCCACCCUUCUAGUUUGCUUCCUUUUAUCACCUUCGUCAGCCUCCCGUUGCCGCCCACCGCCGGCCUCCCCGACGGCGCCGAGGCCACCACUGACCUCCCUUCUCACCUCGUUAAGUUCCUUAAAUUGUCCUAUGAUCAGCUGCACAUUCCCAUGGCUGAGUUUCUUAACUCCUCUGCUCCCCAUUGGAUCCUCCAUGACUUCGCUUCUUACUGGCUCCCCCCCAUUGCCUUCCAACUUGGUGUCAAGAUCGGGUACUUGAGCACUUUAAACCCGGAAUUCCAUGGAUUCAUGGGGCCAGUUUCAGCGAUGAAGGGUGGAGAAGGCAGCCGCAAGAAGCUAGAUGAUUACAUUGUCACUCCCACAUGGAUCCCUUUCCCCACAACGGUGUCCUUUCCAUACUAUGACGUCAAGAAAAUAUUCGACAAAUUAUCUCAGAAUACCACCGACGACGGCGUCUCUGAUAUCCACCGAUUCGCCGACGUCAUUCAAAGCUCCGACGUUAUAGCAAUAAGAGGCUCCUACGAAUUCGAACCCGAGUGGUUCAAUCUCCUCAACCAAAUCUACCAAAAGCCCGUCUUUCCAGCCGGCCAUUUCCCGACGACAGAACACGACCCAACACAGGACGAAACAGAACCAUGGAAAUUCAUCAAAAACUGGCUGGAUAAUAAAAAACAGGGGUCGGUGAUUUACGUGGCAUUUGGAACCGAGGCCAAGCCAACGAAAUCGGAAAUUACAGAGAUAGCACUGGGUUUAGAAGAAUCGGAGCUGCCAUUCUUCUGGGCUCUGAAGACUCGGCGGGGACCGGCGGACGGCGACGAAAUUCAGUUGCCAGAAGGGUUCGAGGAGCGAAUUGAAGGGCGUGGGGUUGUUUUCCGGAGCUGGGUUCCUCAGGUGAAGAUUUUGGGGCAUGAAUCGGUCGGAGGUUUUGUUUGUCACGGUGGUUGGAGCUCGGUGAUGGAAGGGAUUAAGUACGGGAAAGCUAUGGUUCUGUUGGGUUUCUUUGGGGAUCAAGGGUUGAAUGCGAAGUUUCUUGAGGAGAGGAAAAUUGGGUAUCCGAUUCCGAGGGAGGAAAGUGAUGGGUGGUUUACGAGAAGGUCGGUGGCAGAGUCGGUGAGGUUGGUGAUGGUGGAGGAACAGGGGAGGAUUUACAGAGACAGAGUUAAAGAGGUGAGACCUUUGAUUGUUGAUGAGGAGAGACAAGAUAAAUAUGUAGUUGAUUUUCUUGACUAUCUUAAGAAGCAUAGGAAUUGCAAGAGGUGAGUGAGACCAAGAGAUUGUUCUCCCAUUUCUAUGCCUCUUUUCUUUCUCCUUUACACUUGAUAGUGGAGAAUAAAGAAGAAAAGAAGAAAAGAAGAAAAUGUAGGGAUUAAGAAUAAAGAAUAAAAUACUUUGUUUGGACAAA